CACAACAUUCGGUUCCUGGUGUAUGUGUACAGCCAGUGAGGGAGUAAACUAGGUAACAAUGACUAGAAAUUAAAACUGAAACAUUUGAAGAAGCCCAUGUUUUAAUGAAAUUAUUUAGUUAAUUAAGCGGUUAAUCGAGUAUAUUCGCCUUUUCGCAUAAGCCAGUCAAGUGUCACACUAACAUCCAGUGGCUUUUGUGGAUGUUGUGGGGGUUUGACUAGGCAAAAAAAUCUAACUUGCCUCAGGAUGUUUCUGUUCUCCAAAAAGAAGAAACCCAGUGAGGAUUCCAUAAAACGCCUGGAAUACCAGCUAUGCUUGGCCAAAGAAGCAGGUGCGGAUGAUAUUCUGGACAUUUCUGCCUGUGAGCUUGCAGAGGUUCCCUCCAGUGCCUUUUCCAUAUGUAAAGUCCUCCAGAAGAAAGUGUUAAUUCUUCAUGGAAACGACCUGAGGUCACUUGUUCCUAAAGGUUGCUUCAUUGGUGCCUUAGCAACUUUAAAGGUGUUGGACCUGCAUGAAAAUAAGCUCAUAUCACUUCCUGAUGACAUCGGGCAGCUUUUGUCCUUGCAGGUGCUGAAUGUAGAAAAGAACCACAUUAAACAGCUGCCAGACUCUAUUGGGGAUUUACGGCAUCUACAGACACUUAAUGUGAAAGGGAACAGCCUUACUGUCAUUCCUGUGUCUGUGGGACGCAUGGGGAGCCUGCGUACACUAGACAUAAGUGAGAACAGCAUUCAAGAAUUACCUAAAGAACUGGCCAAUGUUCGCACUUUGGAAAGCCUGAUUCUGGAUGCACAGGUUAUGAGAUAUCCACCUGCAUCAGUGUGCACGGCUGGCACAGAGGAAGUCCAGCGCUACCUCUGUUCAGAGAUUGGUCUGGAGUAUUGCCCUCCAUCCCAGUAUCUGCUGCCUGUGCUGGAGGAUGAUGGAGGGAAGCUGGAGGUGGAUUGUGUUGAUGGUGAAGAGAUGGCCUGGCAGAGUAAAUUCAUGGACUAUGAGAAACGAAAGGUGCAGAAACAUCUGGAAAAGUUGAACUUUGAGAAAGAUCUUGAAGAGAAACAAAGAGAGCACACUCAGCUCCUCCUCCUCAACAAUUCCCACAAAGAGGAUGUCCUGCUGUCUGUCAAACUGGAGCAGCAGCGGUUGGAGUUAGGUGUGUCUCAGCAGCAAAAGGCACAGGAAACAGAGAGGCAGAAAAUACUGGAUAAAGCACGUCUGGCAGAGAUCAAUAUCAUGAGUCGCAUCUCUGACCUCCUACUUGAUAACAAACGCCAGGCAAAGAGCGCCGAAUUUCUGCAAGCUCUGGAGGAAGACCGUAUACGAAUGGAACACCUUACUGCCAUCACACAGGAUGAAGCCAACUCUCUAAGGAAGAAGGAAGUGGCAGGUGCCAUGCAGAGGAUGCUGUCAGAGAGCUACUCUUUAAGGUUACUUCAGGAGGCCAGGGAAGCCAAGACACAGGUUCUGGUGUCAGAGACCUGCAGGAGUUUGGACUGUAUGGAUAGGAAAUUUGAACAAGUGUUGUCCCUGCAGCAGCUUGACAAAAACAAAGCCAUUAGUCAGAUCCUUCAAGAGGAGGAAAUGCAGAAGGCUGCCUUUGAAGCACUCCAACUCCAGAAAGACAGUGUGCAUGCUUAUAUCCGUAAUCAGAUUAAACUCAUAGAGGGAGAGUUAAUGCAGUUGACAAAGCUGGAGGUUAAGAGGAAAAAUUUGGACACGGAGAACCUGCAGGAGGUGCUAGCUGACCAGAGGACUGCUCUGACCGACCUCCUGCAGCAGUUACUCAAACAGAAGGACCAAAGGGAGGAGGAGCUCAGGAUGGUUUUGGUGGCGAUGGAGCAGAAAAGCGAAUCCAAUCAGCAGAACUACUGGAUGAUCCAGUAUCAGAGGCUCCUGGAUGCCAAACCUCUGUCUCUGAGGAUGCAGGAGGCAGCUGUAGAUGCGGAUCUGGGUAAUCUGCUGUGUAACCUCUCUGCUCAACACUACCUGCCAAUCAUAGCUCACCACCGAAUCACUGCUGAGGCCUUGCGACACAUGACCACAAAAGACCUUCAAAAGUUGGGGAUCAAUGAGGUUGGGGUGCAGAAAGCUCUUCUCCACUGGGCCAGAGAACGAACUCUGUCUGAUCCAUUGCCUAAAACAGCAAAAGAGAUGCAGGAAGCUGGUCCAUCCACUCCAAGCGCCCCACUCCAACAGCAGCUCACUCCCCCACUGACCCCCAGCACCCCCCUCACCCCCACUGCCCCAAGUCCUGAUAGAUGGAGCGGUUCUGAGUGUGUGGUGUGCAUGGAGCACGAGUCACAGGUGAUCUUCCUGCCGUGUGGGCAUGUAUGCUGUUGCCAGACUUGCAGCGCUGCCCUGCAGUCCUGCCCUCUGUGCCGUGCCUCUGUGUCUCAGCGGGUCCGUCUUUACCACGGCUAAAGCCGGCGAGUGUCCUUCCGUGGUCAGGAUCAUACCUCAUGUGUCAUUGUUGUUCGUUCCUCCUAUCAUUUGCUGCAUGAAAUUGUAGUCUGUGAACCUUCAAGCACUUAAGGGUGUAUACUCACACUAGGCUUUUUGAACCGUGCCCGAGCGUGUUUGACUAGUGUGGUGCGGUCAGUUUAGCGGUCCCUGAUAAUCGUUACUGGAUUUUUCCUUCCACUCCAAUUACAACUAGCCAGUCAAAGAGGCACUUACACAGCAAGACAUUUGUCUAAUAGGAUAAGGUUUUAUUGUUCAUCAUAAGCUAGUCACAUUCCAAUAAAUUAACAUCAAGAAAGUAUUGGAUAAUGGUUCAUUUAACUGAAACCUAAUAGGAAUAGAUAAUAAUAAGACUGUUGAGCUUUAGUAUCACCAUUGAUGUACCCACUCUAAGCACUUGUGCCUCUUCUGUAAUUGAACUCACCCCCACCCCCCAACUAAAUUUUAAAUAUCUGUAGGUUUGCUAUAUUAAAGGUAAAUCUUCAUGCCCUGCCCUCCAUGUUAUUCUAUCAACAUUGUAGUACAGUAAGACCAAAUUGAUCACCAUUCAGGGAUUUUCAUACCAAGGGCAAUAUCGGUAAUAUUUUUUAAGUUUUAAUCAUAAUUCAAAUUUUAUCAGAAUUGGGGCAUCACACCACAGCUAUAAUGACAAGACAGAGGAACUAUAUCAUUGGAAUCAUCACAACAAAAUUCUACCGGCUGAUAAACGGUAAAAAAUAUUUACAGGCCAAUCAAAAUCUGCAGAGAUUGAGCAUUUAAAGUGGCAGCUGACAUAACUACAGUAUGCGCUUAUAAUAAAUAGAUUGUCUAUUGGUUUGGAUGCUAAUACAUUUAUUGUUAAAGCUGUCUUUAUACUUUUCUUGGUGUGUAAGGGGCUAUACCCUGCAGUACCAGAGUAUUUGAAUACUUCAACCAGUUAAGUUAAAGUACUUUUUAAUUUUCAUUUUUAAUCUAAGAUUUUAAUUUUAGUUUAAAUGUGACUCUUUACACUUAAAUUUAAACAUUUAAAUGUUUUGAACUGACUUGGCAACACAACAGAAUAGACAAAUAUAGGUUGAAGGCAAAACCUUUCUUAAGGCACUGCACUUAAACACUCCAGACACUCAUCCUAACAAAUGCACUAUUAGUCCAUUUUACAUCGUCAACUAUCUAAGUAUUGCACACACACAAUAAUGUUUCCUAAAUCUGUGUACUUCUGUGAACCUCUCUUCGUCCAAGUGCUCUUAUGUGGAAGUCUGCUUCUCUCUGAACAUGUACAGAAUUUAAAAAAGAACUUAAUUACAUAUUCAUUUGAUUUCCUAUCUCAGCAUGAUACAAAAUGUUAACCUGUGUGCUUUGUGUGGUGCAGUUAUGCUGUAUGGAUCAGACUGGACAAAUAUGUCUUUUUUUUGCUGUGCAUCUACCAUUUAAGAAAAAAAAAACAUGAAAUCAUCAGAAUGUUUAGUAGAAGUUACUGUAGUAUAAACUACCCUCUGGUGGCAGGUUAUUAUUAAUUUAUGUACACACUAGUCUUCCUGCUCUUAUUUUAUUUCAUAAGAACUGAUGCAGUUUGUGGUCAUUUUAUAAACACAAAUGGCACCUUAUCUGUGAUAUUAUCAGUGAGAUUAAAUAUCUGUGUUACAUUCAUUUACAAUAAAUGUUCUGCCUUUAUGC